AUGCAUUCACUUCCAAGUCCCCCUAAUUCCGACAUCGACUCGCCGUGGAAGCCAGCCAUCGCGACGGUGAGCUUAGGAGCGGCCGAUCUACAUCCAAUUACCGCGAAACUGGAUGCCGCUGCACACUGUGGUCAACAAGGUCUCGAGCUUUUUCAUGACGAUCUAGUACAGCUAGCCCGGACCCUUCGUGGCCAAGCAACGGACAGCUUGCCCCGCACCGAUCGAGACUACGAGAUUGAUGCGGCGCACCUGCUCCGUGAUCUAUGUGCUGAACGGGAUCUGCACAUCUUGGCCCUACAACCAUUCCGACACUAUGAAGGCCUUAUAGACCCGGAGCGCCACAUGGAACGAAUCGACGAACUCAAGCAUUGGGCACGGCUCUGCACUAUCAUGGGCGACUCCUUGUUCAUCCUGAUCCCAUCCUCAUUCUUGGACCCCUCUGAAAUUACCGGCGACCGCGACCGGCUUGCCGCCGACCUGGCCGAGGCGGCCGAUGUGGCGUUCCCCGUCCGGAUUGCCUACGAAGCUCUUGCAUGGGGCACAUACAUUAACACGUGGGAGGAUUGUUGGGAUGUGAUCCAGAAGGCCAACAGACCGAACCUGGGAAUCUGCUUAGACACAUUCAACAUCGCGGCCCGGCUGUGGGCCGAUCCCACGAGCCCAAUGGGCCGUUUGCCGGCAAGUGCCGACCAGGAUCUACAGAAAUCCAUGGCCCGGCUUGUACGGGAAAUUGAUCCAGACCGCGUUCUGAUGGUCCAGCUGGCCGAUGGCGAACGGGUGGACCCGCAAACUCCUUUCCUCCAUGCGUCCGGGAUGCCAACGCUUCUAGCCUGGUCGCGAAAUGCUCGUCUAUUUCCGUACGAGGAGGAACGGGGUGGGUAUCUUCCCAUUCGCGAGGUCACUGAGACAUGCAUCACCCGCAUAGGCUAUACCGGGUGGGUCAGUAUGGAGGUCUUCUCGCGUACCCUUGGGGAUGACAAUCCAGCUGUACCGGUUGAGCAUGCCUCUAGAGCGGGUCAGUCAUGGCAGCGGGUCCUGAAGGCGUUGGGAGAAGGACUGCAGAAAGGGCCCACCCAGGUAUCUAUGGAAUGA